GCUGCCGCUACUUCCAGAUUCUGACGUAGCUGGGGAUACGCCGUGGCGGUCACCUGACCCCGAUAUACUGUAGCGUUCCCUACUGUUGUAUUAGGAGAGACUGCUAGCCUCUAGUGGACAGAGACAGAUCUCCGGCGCGUGUUGCCUCAGCCUGCCUACGCCGCUCAUAAUUAUGAAACCAGUUAUUGUUGUCCAUGGCGGUGCUGGAGCAAUCAGGAAGGAGAAAGCAGAAGGUCGUUGUUCUGGAGUUAAGAGAGCUGCUCUACGAGGUUACGAUAUUCUAAAAAAUGGAGGUGAUGCAAUGACUGCGGUAGAAGAAGCUGUGGUUGUGUUAGAAGAUGAUCCACAAUUCAAUGCAGGCUAUGGGUCUGUUUUGAAUGAAGAGGGAGAAGUUGAGAUGGAUGCUAUUAUCAUGGACGGCAGGGAUUUAACCUCAGGAGCUGUCUCCGCAGUCAAAUGUAUUGCUAACCCAAUAAAACUUGCCCGUCUUGUAAUGGAAAAGACAGAUCACAUGCUACUAACUUGUAAUGGAGCCUCUUUAUUUGCAAAGGCACAAGGCAUUCCAGAAGUUCCCGGUGAGCAACUUAUCACUGAAUACUCCAGAGCUAGAUGGAAGAACAAUCUGAAGCCUGGUUCAAAUCCAGUGGCAUCUCAAUUUGGUUUGGGAACAGUUGGGGCUGUUGCCAUUGACAGUCAAGGAAAUGUGGCUUCAGCAACCUCUACUGGUGGGAUAACAAAUAAAAUGGUCGGACGUGUUGGCGAUACAGCAUGUAUAGGUUGUGGAGGUUAUGCUGAUAACAAUGUAGGUGCAAUCUCGACCACAGGACAUGGAGAAAGCAUUAUGAGAGUGACGCUUGGAAGACUUAUCCUACAUUACAUGGAGAAAGGUAUGUGUACAGAAGAGGCUGCAGAUGCAGGUCUAAGCUACAUGAAAACCAGGGUGGAUGGCUACGGUGGUGUUAUAGUUGUUAACAACACUGGUGAAUGGGCAGCCAAGUUUUCCACCGAGCAGAUGUCAUGGGCGGCCAUUAAAGAUGGACAGCUACAAUUUGGUCUAUAUACAGGAGAAAACAAUACCGUUCCUAUUGAUGCAUCUCUUUAAUUACAAUAAUAUACAAACCCUUACAGUAUUUUAUUUUUAAUGUUAUUCCACAAUGAGACAAAAUGGGACAUAAAAUUACGUUUGUAUGUUGGGGGUCAUUCAGAGUUGUUCGCUCGGUAAAAAUCUUCGCAUCGCAGCGAUUUUCCGCUUAAUGCGCAUGCGCAAUAUCCGCACUGCGACUGCGCCAAGUAAAUUUGCUAUGCACUUAGGAAUUUUACUCACGGCAUUUUCAUCGUUCUGGCGAUCGUAAUGUGAUUGACAGGAAAUGGGUGUUACUGGGCGGAAACAGGCCGUUUUAUGGGCGUGUGGGAAAAAACGCUACCGUUUCCGGAAAAAACGCAGGAGUGGCUGGAGAAACGGGGGAGUGUCUGGGCGAACGCUGGGUGCGUUUGUGACAUCAAACCAGGAACGACAAGCAGUGAAAUGAUCGCAGAUGCCGAGUAAGUCUGAAGCUACUCAGAAACUGCUACGAGGUGUGUAAUCGCAAUAUUGCGAAUACAUCGUUCGCAAUUUUAAGAUGCUAAGAUUCACUCCCAGUAGGCGGCGGCUUAGCAUGAGCAAAUCUGCUAAAAUUCACUUGCGAGCGAACAACUCGGAAUGACCCCCAUUGUUCACAGCCAUUAACUAAAUACAAUAAAAUAUCAGAAUUGAUCAUCAAAUGUGAUUGGAGUAUAGAAAUAUAAAAAUAAAAUCUGCUAAGUUUUAUAAUGUGAAA